AUGAGACUAGGCGAUGAUUCUAGCUUAAUCACAACGUACAGAGCAUCACUACGAACCCAUUUCUCCACCUGGAGCCGCAGAACCAUGUCAUACACGACGAAGAUACUUCCGGUCGACGGACUGAGCAUCACCUUCAAGGGAGAUGAGUUGGAAAUUUCAGAUCCAGUCACCAAAAAAAAUCUUGAAACUGCCGCCAAAGUCUUAACAACCACCCACGAUGUUAUUGGGUUUCCAACUGAAACCGUAUAUGGGCUCGGGGGCUCGGCGUUGAGCGACGAAAGUGUAAAGUCCAUUUAUAAGGCCAAAAACAGGCCGGCAGAUAACCCAUUAAUUGUUCAUGUUUCGUCGAUAAGCCAAUUGAAACGCAAAAUACUACCACCAAAUUACCAAAUACCCAAGGUGUACGAAUCGUUGAUACACAAGUUUUGGCCUGGUCCAUUGACAAUAUUGUUGCCUGUUCAUGAAAGCUCGCCAAUUCUGAAGUUUGUAACCGCAGGGCAAUCUACAUUUGCGGUUCGGAUUCCGCAACAUCCUGUUGCCCGGGCGCUCAUUGCGUUAAGUGAUACCCCAUUAGCCGCUCCAUCAGCAAAUGCGUCUACUCGGCCGAGUCCUACAAUUGCUAGCCAUGUAUAUAAUGAUCUCCAGGGCCGUAUUCCAUACAUUUUGGAUGGCGGUUCGUGCGACUUUGGAGUCGAGCUGACAGUGGUGGAUGGUCUAGUGGACCCGCCGAUGCUUCUUCGUCCUGGUGGAGUGUCAUUGGAGGAGAUUAAGCUGGUUGGAGGAGAGCCUUGGAAAGAUGUGGUGGUUGCGAAAAAGACUGCUGGUAAAACUGAGGCCGUAAGGACUCCAGGAAUGAAAUACAGACACUAUUCUCCCACAGCUCGUGUGGUGCUUUUUGUCAAUUGUGGAGAUGGUAAAGAGGCCAUUGACAAUUACAUUUCGUCGCAUAAUCUUCAAGACUGCAAAAUCGCAUUACUCAAAUCUCGACAUUUUGUCGGCAUAUCUUCCACCUCAGCAAACAAGGAGAGCAUAGACCGUGAACUAGGUACCGACGGUCACACCAUAUCCCAUAAUCUCUUUCGGUACCUUCGAGAAGUCGACGAAACCGGCGUGGAUAUGAUCUUUGUGGAAGGAAUUGAAGAAACCAACGAAGGACUUGCGGUCAUGAACCGUCUUUCCAAAGCUGCCUUGGAGGUGGUUGAUGGCCAGUAA